AUGGCUUCUAGCCACUGGAAUGAGACCACCACCUCCGUUUAUCAGUACCUCGGCUUUCAAGUCCAAACCAUCUACCCUUUCCAUGACAACUGGAACACCGCCUGCUUUGCCAUCCUGCUCGUGUUCAUCUCCACCGUGGUGGCUUUGGUCGUGCUGGCUCUCCUCUACGAGGCCCUCGACUGCUGCUGCUGCGCCAAAAACAAAACCGUGAAGGACUUGAAGAGUGAGCCAAACCCACUAAGGAGUAUGAUGGACAACAUCAGAAAACGUGACAGUGAGGUGGUCUAG